CUCUAUGCAAAAAUGCAAUCAAAAAGUCAGAAAACAUGAAAUAGAAACGGGGUUUUUCCACCAUGGUACAGAGAGAGAAGUGGAAUAUUUCAACGUCUUUGGUGUAACCACUCCCUGUCUUCUCUGUCUCUCUCUAUUCUUCAAUUCCUGUCAUAAUUAUACACAUCUGACUUGGUUGUUCAUCAUUGAAUCAAAUCUAUCUUCCCAGAUUUUGAUCUGGGCAUUAAUUUCUCGCACUGAUUUUCACCCCAAGUCUCCAUUCUUAUAGACCCAUUGUUUGUUUUUUCAAUGGCGGUGUGGGCAUAAAUGCGGCCGUGUUUCUUCAAUGGCGGAGAGAAAUGUGCACUCAAUGGGAAAUUUUGGUAAGAAGUCAAUGUUAGCUUUGUUCACCAUUACUACCAUUUUGUUCAUGUUGUCUUGGUUUUUGGUGUUGCGAUCCACUGAUAGGCCUCUCCUUGUUGACCUUAGUAUAUUGCCCAAUUCUAGGAUUUUUGCCAUAGCAGAUGACCAAACUGGAAAUGAAACCCUUUCUAUACACAGUGAUUUGGAAGUCAAACAGAAAGAAAGACUAGCAUCUAGCAAGUAUACUUGUGACCCAGUCCUCAAAGUGUAUAUGUAUGAUUUGCCCCCAGAAUUUCACUUUGGGCUCUUGGAUUGGAAGCCCGAGGGGAACAAUGUUUGGCCUGAUAUUAGAACUAAUCUCCCGAGAUACCCCGGUGGGUUGAAUGUGCAGCAUAGUAUAGAGUAUUGGCUCACAUUGGAUCUCUUGUAUUCGGAGUUUGUUGAGAAUACGAGUGGGCGGACUGCUGUGAGAGUGUGCAAUUCGAGCGAAGCAGAUGUAGUUUUUGUCCCGUUCUUUUCAUCGCUCUGCAAUAACCGGUUUUCUAGGCUGAAGCCUCACCAGAAGACUAGUAUGAAUGCGUUGUUGCAAGAAAAAUUGGUGACUUUCUUGACAGCUCAAGAAGAAUGGAAAAGAUCGGGUGGGAAAGACCAUAUCGUUCUCGCUCACCAUCCUAAUAGCCUCAUGGAUGCACGAUCGAAGCUUUGGCCAGCUAUGUUCAUUCUUUCCGACUUUGGAAGGUAUCCCCCUUCUGUAGCUAAUGUUGAGAAAGACGUGAUUGCGCCUUACAAGCAUGUCAUCGGGAACUAUGUAAAUGACUCGUCUGAUUUUGAUAGCCGUCCAACUUUGCUAUACUUCCAGGGAGCUAUAUAUAGAAAAGAUGGUGGAUUUGUUCGGCAAGAAUUGUUCUAUAAGUUAAAAGACGAGAAAGAUGUACAUUUCGCAUUUGGAAACAUUCAAAAGGAUGGCAUACGCCAAGCAACCCGUGGGAUGCAGUCCUCCAAGUUUUGCCUCAAUAUUGCCGGUGACACUCCCUCAUCAAACCGUCUCUUUGAUGCUAUUGUCAGCCAUUGCGUUCCUGUCAUCAUCAGCGACGAGAUAGAGCUUCCAUACGAAGACGUACUCGACUACUCAGAGUUCUGCGUUUUUGUCAGAACAUCGGACGCUCUCAAAGAAAGCUUUCUCAUAAACUUCGUUAGGAGUAUUGGAAAACAAGAGUGGACUAGGAUGUGGAAUAAGCUCAAAGAGGUUGAACAUAUGUUCGAGUAUCGUUAUCCCUCGAAGGACAACGAUGCUGUCCAAAUGGUCUGGCAGGCCAUUGCAAGGAAGGUUCCUUCUGUUAAGCUGAAGGAGCAUAGAAACCGGAGAUAUUCCCGAACCCCUGAGCCUAAUGACAGAGGACUUAAAUCGGCUCCUUUGCCCAAAAAUUUUGGGUGAACUUUAUAGGUUUUUGGGUUUAUAAAGCUUUGGGUUUUGGUAGCAUAUGAUUUCUGUAAAGGGAAAUGCAACUGCAUAUGAUCCACUCAGAUUUUGUGAC